CAUCCUCAAAAUCUUAAUCAGCUGGGAGUGGAAGAGAAGAAAGGACGCUCAGAUCUGAACCUGAUUUUGAUUGGAUUUGAUAUUUAACCGCCUGAUUAUCAUUUAAGUAGUCAUUUGCAGAUUGGAGCAGAGUCAAAACCUGUUGUUUUUGACGAGAUUCAAUUUUGUUUGGCACAGCUGAGCCAUCAUCAUCCCACAAAGCAACAUCUCUUUUUGACAUUAGCAUCAACAACGAACAGUCUCACUGAACUGUGUGUCUCUGUGCAUCUGAUCCGAAGACGAACCUUCGAAACUCUACAAUCUCGCACAUCACCACAGCACAGUGAGCUCUAUUGAUCACUGUCACUAGCAUAAUGAGAAACUGUUCCAUGUAAAACCAAAACUAACUGCUUAGCUCACCUGUAUUAGUGGAUCCAAGGACAUGAAUAACUAUUGAAUAACUUCAUGUAUAUUUGAGGGCUUUUGCCUUUGACUCAAGUCUGAGUUGGAAGCGAACAGCAGAGCUGUGAUGCUGAAUCAUAAUAGAAAUGCACAUGAAUUGAUUUUUAGACGGUAUUUGAAUGGCAUUGUCAAGACAUUGUUUGAUGAAUUGUAGACUAGGCCUAGGUACUACUACCAGUUCCCUAGCAAGCAGAUUCAACGAUAAGUGCUUAGAUCUAUUACAAAUUAGUUCCAGGACUUGUGGGCUCGCAUAUACCUCUGCGUGAUUAUGCAAAAUGGUGAAGCUAAAGGAUUUUCACAUUGUAUUAGACAACAACAAGAAUGUGUAUACAGCUGGAGAUUUUGUCUCAGGACAUGUUGCUGUGGACCUCCGAGGGGACAUGAAAAUGCGAGGUAUCCGUAUUUACAUGCGUGGACUGGCCAAGGUACAUUGGAGUGAGUCUAGAGGUGGCGGUCACCAAACGGGAUCAUACACCAAGUAUUAUGAUGCCGAGGAGGAGUACUUUUAUAUGAAACAAGUCUUGUUUGGAAAAGAUGAAGAUGAAGGUGGGAGUAAUCCCAUUCUGAGAGCAGGCCAUCAUGAACUGAGAUUUAGCUUUCAAAUCCCAUAUGGGAGAGUUGCCACAUCGUUUGAAGGAAAGUAUGGUAGGAUACGAUACUGGUUAAAGGCUGAGAUUGACAAACCAUGGGGCUUUAAUAGCAAGACCAAGAGAGCAUUCACAGUCAUUGAUCACAUCGAUAUCAAUACACCUCAACUUCUGGCUCCACAGACAGGUUUUCAAGAAAAGACUGUAUGCUGUGGACUGUGUGUGGCGGGUAAUAUCAGCAUGUCAAUCAAGACUGAUCGCAAAGGAUACUGUCCAGGAGAAUCCAUCGCCAUAUCAGCUGAGUUUCAGAACGGUUCUGCCCGACGCAUCAAACCUCGUGCUACUCUUUACCAGAGGACCACAUUCUUUGCCGACGGGAAGUCAAGAUCUGUACGUAACGCUGUAGCUGGUCUGCAGGGGAAUACCAUUCGGGGCAGGAGGACUGAAAACUGGACCAAUAAACUCUUGAAAAUCCCGCCAAUCACACCUACGCUAACAAAUUGUGGCAUAAUAAAGCUGGAGUAUUUCCUUACGAUAUGUCUAGAUAUCACAGGAGCCAUGAACCUCUAUCUACAUCUAUCCAUUGUGGUUGGAACUGUGCCCCUCAGAGCCCCGCCCUACACCCCCUUUGAUGUCUUAGGGGUAGGAAGCAGCGGUAUAGAAGUGUCCUAUCCCGGUAUCUACCCUUCACCACCACUCUCAGAAGGAGAAGCACCCCCGAGCUAUGCAGAAUGUGUGUUUGGAGGAGUGGAUAUACGAGAUGAUGAACCAGGAGAUGCAGAGAUGACUGGGGAUCCCAUGUUCACUCCUAUGUAUACAUAUGUCUCUAACUAUGAAUUCAGGCAACCACCACCACCUUAUUCAUUAACGGAUCCUAAUGGCCAUGGCGAAGAGACAACCAGACAGCCGUCACUAUGUGAAGGAGUCUCCUAGAGCUGUGCCUGAUCAGUGUUUCCGUGGUAACGUCACCUCUAUGGCUGUCUAGUAGCUAAACAUAUAUUUGGACCAUCUAACCAAGAUCAGGCUGUCAUAAUCUGCCAAAGGUGUACCAAAGGCAUAUCAUCAUAACUUUUUCAGGAUUAUACUAGCUCUCUCUCUGCUUCUGUCUCUUCUCUUGCUUCUAAGUGAAACAUUCAUCACUCUUGUUUUACCUUCUCCGCUCAGGUAUUUGGGAGAUUGUAAAAGGCAAGGCUCAACAGCUUAGCACUGGUCAACUGCUUAUUCAGCAAAUUACCAAAUGACAUUGAACUCAAAGGAUUUGAUAAGGAUUGUGUAAAUGGUGCCGGCAUAAUAGGAGAAUAUGAACUAACUUUUUUUUAAGAAUAGGAAAAUACAUGGAGGCUAACAAAUUUAUUCAAUGUUAAACUAUAUUGUUUCUAUCCGACCUUUUGCUUAUUGGCAAAAGAGAAGGACUGAGAGAUGGAGAGAGAGAUUGAGAAUCCUUAGAUUCUGCAUGAGCAGUGCCAGAAGACACUUAAGGUGUAUUUUUUCAUCCACUACAGAAGAGUACUUUUAAGCAGCAUUGGUGAGAAAGUAUGGUAUCUGGAGACAUCGAUGUAUGUAUAAUGUCUAGCUUUAGUACCAGUAUCUGAAUAUUGUCAUCAUGAUAUGACUAGGUAUGAAUGAAUCAAUGUUUUCUUCAUGAGACACAAAAGGGACCAACAUUUUCAUGUACAGUUUUUACAAAAAAAUUGCUUGAUUUUGGUGUUUGUCUUUUUGACGUUAUGUUGUGUCCGUCAUCCAGUCUUGAUACUUUCACAACAGAUUUAUGAGCUGAUUUCUUCAGGUGCAAUGACUACUUGCUUAUUCAAUCUAGCCUUUAGUUAGUGAUGAUUGCAACAUGAUUGCAUGAUGAUUGCAUCUUGAUAGCUUCAUGAUUGCAUGAUGAUUGCAUCUUGAUUGCACCAUGAAUGUUCACAAUAAUGUUGACUUGAAGGCUACCCAAUCAAAACAAUAAAGCACACUUUGCACUGUAAGACCUGACUACGAUCCAAUUUUUGAAGAAUUUGCAAUAGUAUUUGAUAUAUUCAUGUAAAAUCUUAAGAAUGAAAAGUGAUUUAUAAGAAGUCUCAUGACACUUUUUUUUUUGGGGGGGGGGGAUGUCAU